UGGACUGUUUUGUCCUAAAGUUCAAGGAAAACAGAAGCAUCUAAAAUAGUCCCAGGAUAGAAGGAGAGGGCAGGAUAAAUUUGAAAAUGCUACACUUACUUCUCUUUAAUUCUUGGCUUCUACAUUAGUUUUAUUAUGGAGAUCAUAUCAUUAUUUUUACUAAUCUUUUUGUGUGGCCCAAAAAAGAAAAAGCAAAAGAAAGAAGAAAUUACACAAUAGAGCCCGAUAUGCAUUCAUAAAUUAGCAAAAUUAACGAGAGUUACAUCUAAGUCAGGGGGAUUAUUUGAAGACUGUUAUGAAGAAUAUCGUAUUCAUAAGCUUAUUGAGACUCAUAACAACCUAUGCAGUGGUCAUGAAAAAUUGAGGAACAAAGAGUUAGAGAAAAUUGUUAAGAAACCACAGUUAGAAUGUUUCCAAUGUUUAAUACUCUUUUUUCUAAAAUAUUUCAUCAUAUUAGAUAUCACAUCAUAAGUGAAUAUCUUUAAUUUUUUGCAGGUAAAUCAUUUCACAUUCAACCUUUCCCUUCAUUCAUGAAAUCAUGUGGCUGAACAAUAAUGUGACUGAGUUCAUUCUGCUUGGGUUGGCACAGGAUCCUGUUAGGAAGAAAAUAGUGUUUGUCACUUUCUUUAUUUUCUACCUGGCGACAUUGAUAGGUAACCUGCUCAUUAUUGCUACCGUCAAGACCAGCCGGACACUUGGGAGUCCAAUGUACUUCUUCCUUUUCCACUUAUCCUUAUCUGAUACCUGCUUCACUACUUCCAUAGCUCCUAGAAUGAUUGUGGAUGCCCUUUUGAAGAAUGCCACUAUCUCUUUUAAUGAGUGCAUAGUGCAAGUCUUUUCAUUCCAUUUCUUUGGCUGCCUGGAGAUCUUCAUCCUUAUCCUCAUGGCUGUUGACCGCUAUGUGGCCAUCUGUAAACCUCUGCGCUACACAACAAUCAUGAGUCAUGGAGUCUGUGGGGUGUUGGUGGCUGUGGCCUGGGUGGGAUCCUGUGUGCAUUCUUUAACUCAGAUUUUUCUAGCCUUGAGUUUACCAUUCUGUGGUCCUAAUGUGAUGGAUCAUUAUAUAUGUGACUUGCAGCCUUUGCUGAAACUUGCCUGUGCAGACACCUAUGUGACCAACCUACUCUUGGUGUCCAACAGUGGAGCCAUCUGUACAGUGAGUUUUGUCAUGCUGAUGGUCUCCUAUGUCUUCAUCUUGUAUUCUCUGAGAAACCACAGUGCAGAGGGGAGGAAAAAAGCCCUCUCCACCUGCAUCUCCCACAUCACCGUGGUCAUCUUGUUCUUUGGUCCUUGCAUAUUUAUAUACACACGCCCUGCAACCACCUUCUCCAUGGAUAAGAUGAUAACUGUCUUUUAUACAAUUGGAACCCCUCUGCUCAACCCUCUGAUUUAUACGCUGAGGAAUGCAGAAGUGAAAAAUGCCAUGAGGAUGCUAUGGAGCAAGAAGUUGAUCUCAGAUGACAAAAGAUGAAUGGAAGUUUCAAUAUUUUCUUCAUAGCUUAGAUUGACUGAGAAUCAGUCCCUCAAGAAUAUUAUAUCUUACUGUGGUAUUCAUUUAAUCUUAUCAUGGGGCAUGGAUAUUUGGUUCCUUUAGAAAAGGGAGCACUAUAAACACAACAAUCUUUAGUGUUCCAUCAGCUUUACGUAGAGGAAGAGAUGGAGUCAGGUACAAAGAGGUAUGUAAGGUUCACUGCUUUAGAUGCUUUUCACUACUAUGUCUCUGUCUCUCUUACCUACCUAGUGUCACUUUGGUUUCAUCUAGCAUCUUCCAUUUUUCAUGAUGAUUUCUGGUGUUGUCUGCUUCUUGAUACUGGUCUAUAAGCUUAUAUUCAUAUAUUAGCAGGUUUUACCUCUUUCAACUAUUUCCUUUAUCAAACACUGUGGUCUCAUGUCUACUCAUGGACCUUUAAUGUAGUAAGCAGUUCUUUCUGGUCAAGAGAAAGUAUCCAAUUCAAAGAACUAUAGAAACUUCAUGUUAUAAGAGACAAUAUUUAAUACAGUUAUCUCUUUAUAUAACUUCUUGAGCUUUUACUUCAAAUUGUCACCUUGUGUUACCCAGUCCUUCCAGAACAGUGAUAAAACACUGAGAAAAUGCACACUUCUGAGGUAGGUCUUUGAACUUAAAAGGUUUGACAUUUGGAUUUGUAGUUAAGAUAGAAUUCUUUUUAUAAAAUCCAAUUCAUCACCCUAAUUAGGUUCUUUUUAUUUUAGUGACUGGUAUUAAGGUUUCUUGCACCAGGCCAGUUAUAGUAAUAUGUUUAUAAUGGGUUAAUAUGUUUAUAGCAUAGAUAAACCAAAUUAAGGAAGACAUAUUUAUAUGAGCUAGAAGUAGAGAGGACAAACAGGUGACGUUAGUGAAUUUUAAAAUGUCAACAGGAUAAAACAAUUAAUGAGACAACACAAGGGAUGAUUUUUAAAUUUUGAAACAGAAACAUUUCCAUAAAUUAUGAAUUGACACUCUGUAAAAGGUAAAACUGUGAAAAGAGUAAAAAAGAAAUCAGUGGUUGUUGGGGAUUUAAGCAGAUUGAGUAAAGGGAUGAAUCAGUUGUGUGUGGGACAUUUUAAAGGAGGGAAAAUCAUUCUGUUUGACACUCUAAAGGUAGAUACAUGAUAUAACACACACUCUAAAGUCCAUAAAACUCUACAACACAGAG